GUAGUUUAGUUUAAGUGGAACCUUCUAACAGUGGUAUGAGUAAGUGCAGUUGGGGUGUAGUUUAGUCUAAGUGGAACUUUCUAGCAGUGGUAUGAGUAAGUGCAGUUGGGGUGUAGUUUAGUCUAAGUGGAACUUUCUAGCAGUGGUGUGGGUAAGUGCAGUUGGGGGACUGCAUCAGUUAUGUUAAGGUGGUUGAAGUGUUGCUCCACAGGAAGUAGUUGAGCAAAGCUGAGAGAACUUGCACAGGCAUGGACACUUCUUAUCAUCUGCUUCUAGUCUUUCUACUGGCUGGGUUUUGUUCAUCUGAACCUUCAGAAGUCAAAAUUUGAACCAAGAUCUACCAAACUAUACAUUGUCAAAAGAAACAAAAAGCCCACCAGGAGUAACUAUCUAUAGUAACACAUGGACUUGUACAGCUGAUGCUCCACAUCAUCAGUCAAGAAACUCUUCCAGUGAAAUCUCCAGUUCUUAUCUUUGCGAAUGGGCCAGCUCCGGGCAAACCACAAAAUGUCAGUAGGAAUGAUACAGAAGUUAAAAAGGCUGUUCUAACCGCAACCUACUUCUUCAACAACAAGUCCAACGAUGCCUUCUUUUUUAAGGCUUCAGCCAUUGAUGAGGCACAAAGACAAAUUGUUAAAGGUAUAAAGUACUUUCUCAAAGUUGAGAUAUCUCGGACUGUGUGCAAGAAGAGAGAUGCUGAUGCUGACCUUGCUAACUGUAGCUUCCAGCCAAAACACAAGUUGCAACAGACUUUUCUCUGUAACUUUGAGGUAUGGGCUGUACCAUGGCAGAAGAUGAUGAAGACCACACAUUUCCUUUGCCUUCCUUCAGACAAGAAAUACUAAUACCUAUGCAUCUGAAACAGCUUGUGCUUUGAAUUUGAGUUAACUGGCUAAGAAUAAAAUACUCGUUUGGUAUACAGUGA